AUGUUCCCCGGCGUUUUCUAUGCACUCCUGGCGGGUUUCUUGGGAGCCGUUGCGUCAUCAUCUGCUAAACUCUCUCUCGGAACCGAUUAUCUGAAAGGUGUUUGUGAGACAGGACUGAGGACAUGGGGAGAGCAGAGGAAAUUUAGACAAGCCAACGAAACUACCGCCUGUGACUGGUUACACAUCCCUCUGCGGUUGCUGUGUGGCGGGUUGUUGUUCACAUGUAACGCUGUAAUGUGGACGUUUUUGGCCAAAGCGCUCAGGUACUCCUCUUCCUCCACCCGAACCACUGUGACCACAACCGCCUCUAACUUCGUCUCUUCCGCAUUCCUUGGGCAGCUAAUCUUCGGUGAGACCCUCGUAGCGCUGUGGUGGAUCGGCAUUUCUCUCACUCUGUCUGGGCUCCUGGUUCUCCAGCGGGCUUCCCCUCCAGCCGUCCAAUCAGAUGCCACCAAGAAGAACGAAUAG